AUGCAGUAUGAGGAGGAUCAAAAUAUGACCGAGGACAAAGAAAAAAAACUACUCAACAUCAACCCCCCGGUACCGUCGCCUCGUCCAAGACCGGACCGGCAGGGCAGCGAUGAGUUUGCAGUGGAAGGCGUGUUGUCAAGCAACUACAGCAACAACCGACGCGACUACGAGAACGCCACGAUCGUCGACGAUGCCGGCGGCCAGGUCUCCUCCGUGUCGCCGCCGGCAGCGAACGUUGCGGCGGGGCCCGGUGCUGGCGGGGAAGAACCAUUGAACCGCCCCGUUCCGGCACCGCGUCGGGUGAAGGUGCAGGUAUUCAACGAGGGAGAGGAGGGUGCGGAAGGCUUCCGGGGAACGCAGUACGAGAACGUGAUCAUCAUCAGUCCGAAGGCCUCACCGAUACGGGCCGCGCCAGAAAUACCGUCGGCUCCACCGUAUCAUGCUCUGCCAGCACCUGCGCCGGGGUCGUUCAUGAGGGGCCGGGACAACGGCAACCGCGCCGCGGCUGCUGCUGCGGAUCGACGUCGGCACUCGGCCGGCCCCGGAUCACUGUUGCCGGACGGUGCUGCGGGACAUCAUCGCGAGGCCACCGAAGCUGUUGAGAGCGGGGGGGACGGUGAUCGCAAGUACAAAACCAGUUCACCGGGUGACCUGUUCAAGUCGAUCGGAACCACGUCCCGGAUGCUGACCGAGUCGAUCGGCGAGCGGGUAGCGCACAAGUCGCGCAAGGUAGCGGAAAACGUGCGCAACACGAGCAGCACCAUCGUCAACUGGAGCCAGGAGACGAGCCGGUCGGCGGCCGACAAACUGAAGAGCGUUGGGCGCUCGAGCACCCGCAGCAACACUUCCCGUGACGAGGGGGGGAUGAUGCAAAACAUCAAGUUCAGCAGCCCACUGUUGGAUGAAUCGUCCACCCUGAUCACUACGCUCACCGUGUUGCCGCGUAAUACGACGAUCACAACGACCACCACGUCCAAGGAUAACGACGGCGAGAAGGAUAACCGGGGCCGCUGUUCCGGUCGGGGCCAGCGUGUAGCGUCUCCUUCCGGUCAAACGUAUGACAUUCCGCGCCGGGGGAAUAAACCGUCCAAUCUGCGGCCGGCUCCGCCACCGGCAUCCAGGCCGUCGCCGUCGUCGUUGGGUGGCGGCGGAUCCGGCAACACCAGCCCGGUGUCGUCGGCAUCCUCAUCCAACGCCCCCACUACUCCCGAUCGGUGGGUGGGAGGCACCGUGUGCCGUGAGGUACAACGGUUGCCGGCGAACUUCGAGCGCAUCUCUCUCGCCCGACCGAACCUCUACACUACGAUCGUGCCCAAGUGCCAGCGGGUGGAGAGAGGAAGAGCGGAGCUCACGUGGUUCCCACCGCCACCGCCGGGGCCGCUCGUCGAUUGUCACCGGCACAAGAGCGAAUCGAACCUGCACGACUCCACGUUCUACGCCCAGCAGCACCGGUUGGUGGUAGUCGACGACGAUGACGGUCCUGUGCGCGACCGACACGGAAGCCAGAACCACCUGUACGGCAAGCUGAACAUUCUGCCGCGCCUCGCGAUUUCGAGCUCGUCGAGUAGCGGCAGCGGCGACUGCCGCGGAUGCCGCGGAUGUCGCGGAUGCCGCGGCCGCGGCGGCGGCGGUGGAGGCAGUUGUCGCUCGUCGAUGGCCGAUUCCGAGGAGGACAACAUGCAUCCGGAGCUACGCCAAUUGGUGGAGGUAGCGUCAUCGAUUGAAGUUAAACCGCCAGCGGCAGGCCCGGUGAAAUACGCCGACGAGUAUCGACCGCUGUCGUGGUCCUGGCGGGGGGCGACGAGUGACUGCGUUCCACCACCAGUCAUACUGGCGGAGCUGAAGGAAGUAACUACCAAUAAUGGCAGCGGAGAACAGGGGAAUCGUACGGUGGUGACCAAACUGGAACCAUUCUACGGUAACGCCGGCGGGGUGCAGCCGAUCUAUGCCACGCUGUCGGAGGCCCAGUUGUUGUCACCGUCGUUACUGCAGCCGGUGCUGGUCGAUCGCGCCGCCACACCGUCCGCCGUGAACCAGGCAAGACGGCAUGAUUACGAUACGGUGUCGUUCUACUCGGACAUCAUCGACGAGUUUGACCCGCUCGCGACUAGUACGGAGGUGAACCACAGCCAGUCAUCGCUGGAGCCGGAACUGUUUUUGUCCGACUCCUCCCUGGCCAGCAGUCGGGGUCGGGAUCUGAUCGAGAACAUGGCAGCCAGCCAGCAGCAGCAGCCGGUGGUUGUUGGAGUGGUGGGAGUGGAAAACGAAGCUGCUGGUGGUGGGGGUGCUGCUAGCGCUCAUGUCGAUCGCGGGCCACAAAUUCCCGAGCGGUCCGAUUCGCUUCUGCUGCCGGCAAGCAGCCAUCCAUCACCGUUCAGGGCCAGCGUUCCGGUGAAACCGAAGCGGAACAAACAUCCCGUCGUCAAUUCGAAGCCGUCGGAGGAACCUACGAAAGAGAACAGUGGUGGUGGUGGCGGAGGUGGCAAUGCGAGAAGCAUCGGGCACAUCGUGCACCAAAACUUGAGCCUUCCCUCGGACAGCAUGGAGAAUCUGGUGGAUGAGAGCCUCGUCCAGUCGUACCUGUCGGUGGUGGAAGAAGAAUCGGAGGUAGUCAGCGGUGGCAGCAACGGUGGAUCGUUGGACCUCAGCUAUCCGAAACGGCAGCCGCGCACGACCAAUUGGUACAUCGACGAUGUGCAGCCUCAGGAGUCGGCCCUCACCGACAACGCAACAACGACCCCGUCUGGAGCAGCUGCAUCAUCAUCACGCCAACACCGGGCUGCGGAAUCGGAAUCGCUCCCAUCGUACUUCGAGGCGAUCGGUGGUACGGAUCCAUUGUUCGAGCGUGGACUUGCCGCGGUUACGGGCCCAUCGCAAGUGAGCAGCCCCCCCCCGAAGGCAACAGUGUCCGGCGGCAGUGUCGCGUCCAAGCUGCUGAACGCACUCAAGCGCAGGUCAAGCUUAAAUCGAGGAUCAUCGACGGCGGGGACAGGGCCGAAGGCCGAUGCUGUUGGCCGCAGCACGACGACGACGACGACAACAACGACAACGACAACGACAACGACGAUGGUGCCGAAACCGGCACUCACCGAGCGACUCAUCACGCACAAAGGGCACGUCCUGAAGAUUCCGUCCGGCGGCAAGAUGGGUGACAUGCUGCUGUACUACGAGCUGGCUCCGCGCUCGGUUGUGCUGCGCGAGCGCAUCCUGCACACGUUCCUCGACCCGCAGCAGACGCACCCGAAGGAGACGAUCCAGUUGCGGUACCUGCUGGCCCUGCAGUGCGUCGUGCAGCACAAGUUCAUGGGCGAAGGCGGGCUCCAUCUGCACUGCUUCGAGAUUGUGCUCGUCCUGCCGAAGGCGACCACCAGCGCUAGCGGAGGUGGCGGGCUGAUGGCCGCCGCCGCCGCCGCUGUCAUGUCCUCCGGCCAACCUUCGGACACGCCGGGUGGCGGAGGAAGCCACAAGACUAGCCGCGCUUCGUACAUGUUCGCUACGCACAAUCGCUCCGAUCGCAACCUGUGGAUGGCGAAGGUGCUACAGUCGGUGACGGACGUGUUUCCGGAGGAGCUGCUGCGGGAGUUCCUGCGCGCCGGCUGGUGCUACGUGAAGCAGUCGGUGUCGGCGAGCUGGGCCGGGGCGUGGGUGCUUCUCACCAACAAGCGGCGGCUGUACAUCUUCAGCUACAUCGACCACCAGCUGGACGAGCUGGACCUGCGCAAGGCGCGCUGCAUCGGUGCGAUCGAGGACGGGAGCGGCACCGACGAUCCGCUGGCCGAGCUGUACGUCGAAGCGGGCCCCACCAUGUUCAUCGACUGUCCGCCGUUCCCGACGCUCUACCUCAUCAUGAGCUCGCCGCGCGAAACGCAGAUCUGGCGCAAGAUGGUCCGCCAGGCGGCCCACCAAAGCGGGCCCACGCUCCACAGCCAGCAGCUGACACGGGGCGACGUGCCGGUGCUGGUCGACAGGUGCGUCAACUUCAUCUACGCGCACGGCGCCAUGUCCGAGGGCAUCUACCGUCGGUCGGGCUCGGUGUCGUCCGUCGGUCGGCUCCUGAAGCUGUUCGCCAACGAUGCGUUCGAUGUGCAGCUGACCCGGGCCGAGUUUAACGAGCACGACGUGGCGGGCGCCCUGAAGAAGUUUAUCCGCGAGCUGCCCGGUUCGUUCUUCGGCAGCUUCGCCGCCUCGUUCACGUCGAUCGGCAUGCUGAACGAGGUGCCGCUGAAGGUGGAGUCGUACCAGCAGCUGCUGCAGCGGUUGCCCCGCAUCGAGCACAACACGCUGAAGAAGCUGAUCGGCCACCUGGCGUUCAUUGCGUCGCUCCAGCAGCAUAACCGGAUGGGCAUCCCGAACCUGGCCAUGAUCUGGGGCUCCACGCUGAUGGCGAACUCGAACCAGCACACGGCCGCGGACGAAGUGAGCGGUGGUGGCGGUGGCGGUGGCGCCACUGGCGGUUACCAUCAAUCGGACGCGGACGUCGUGGCCGACCUGAUACGGCUGUACCCGCAGCUGUUCCCGGUGAGCGACGACGAACUACGCAAGGAUCAGAUGAUGCUGGAGGUGCUGCAACGGUACCAUGCGGCGGCAGAGAACCUCUCCGAUGCCGUCAAACAUUCGGGUGAUCUGAAGGUGUGGAUCACGAUUGAUUGCGACAACAGCCCGACGGACAGCGAGAAGCAGGCCAACACGCCAAAUUCGGAGGAGAAGCAGCAGGUGAACGUGGACAUUACUCCCACCAAGACUGCAUCCGACGUCUGCAAAGAGUUGGCCUCGCGGACGGUGCACCCCUGGAAUAAACUGACCCUGUACGAAAUAGUCCUCAACGGUGCCUUGGUGCGGCCCAUCCACUACCGGGAGAAUGUGUUGGAAAUCGUCGUUCGCUGGACGUACUGGGACGAGGCGGAUCGGAAGAACAACUACUUAACCCUCAGGCCCACCACCACGCUGAACGAUGUGUACAGAACCAUACAGAAGUCACCGGUGCUGGAACCGACGAUGGAGCUGAAGUUUGCCGAUCCGCGGACCAAGGCCCUGCGCCUGUACCAGCUGCAGCUGAUGGGGCCCAGUUUGGUGGUGCUGAAGAGGCUCGACAAGAAGGAUAAAGGGAAAGGGUACGAGGAGAUGUGCACAAUUGAUCUGACGCGGGUGACGGCGUACAUCGGGUGCGAACCGAAGCGAGACAAAUCCAGUCUACGCUGGGCCAUCACGCUGAUCAGUAAAGAUUUCACGAAAAGAACACGGGAUGAACCGUGGGUCGGCCAUAUUUUCGGUGGGCUAGACUUUGCGAGCCAAAUACUGUGGUACUCGAGCAUACUCCACAGCCACCACAAAGAUGACAUCUUACCGAGUGGAGAUUUAUUUUCGCUGUAACGAACCUCCCGUUAUCAAUCUGCCAUUUUUUUUUAUAGUACAUAGAAAUAGUAAUUAUGGUUGCCAUCAUGAUG